AUGCCUCAAUACAACAUUUUAACCUUACAAGAACAACUUUCCAUCGUUUCUGACGCAAAAACAUUGAAUGAACCUUCAUUUGAAGUCAUUCCUGACUUCUCCUUCCAGAUUUCAAAUAUCAAGGAAGAUGAUUCAAAUAAUACUAUUAAUGACGACUACUUCAAUUUGAAUUCAAACUCUACUGAAUUAGAUGCUGAUUUAGUAGAAACUUUCUUCAGCUCAAGUGUAGAUUCUACUCCAAUGUUCGAUUUGGAUGAAUCUCUACAAACUUCUACUUCUUCCGAUCCAAACACCUGGACCUCUUUGUUCGAUGAUGACAUCCCAGUCGUUACCGAAGAGGAUGUCACUAAUAAUGACGACGCCAUCAAAAUCACCGAUGAUGUCGCUCAAGUCAAACAAGAGGAAACUGCUUCUUUCUUACCAACUCCUGCUAUUGAACAGGAAACUUUAAGCAAGGCCACUAAAAUUACUACUGGUCGUGUUUCCAAGAAAGUCUCAAAUCCGAAGGUGGAUCAUUUAGGUGUCGUUUCUUAUAACAGAAAGGCACGUGCUGCUCCUUUAACUCCUGUCAUUGCGGAUCCAAGUGACCCUGUCGCUUUAAAGCGUGCAAGAAACACCGAAGCUGCAAGACGUUCGAGAGCAAGAAAAUUACAAAGAAUGAAUCAAUUGGAAACCAAAGUUGAGAAUUUAAUAAGUGAAAAUUCCGAUUUACAAAAUGAAGUUGCUAGAUUAAGAAGUUUACUUGAAUCUAAUGGUGUUUCAUUCUAA